UUCACUACAUUUGUUUUGUAAAUAUAUUGCUUUGAAAUUUUCACUGCUUUAAAAUAUUAUUCCAGUUAAAUAAUCACCGAAAUGGAUAACAUACAGGUACAAAGGUCUAUCGCUGGUACGACCACCCCAGAAAUAUCUAGUAUGACCUCUACAACAGGUGUCAUUGGAUCUUCCUCUGUUAGAACCUUAGAAACUAUUACGCCAGGCAGUACUAGUAUCCAGAUGCAACCAAAGCUUACUGGCACAACCACUAGUCCUAGUUCAUCACUUUUCAGAAGCACUCUUGUUGUAACUAGUGGAAAACGAAAACUCUGGCAAGAUGAGAAUGCACCUAAAGCUCCACUGAGUGCAUACCUUCAGUUUCUAAACAAGAAUCGUGAAGCUUUUCGAACAAAAAAUCCAAGCAUGGGUGUCCAUGAUAUUACAAAAUGUCUUGGGAGUAUGUGGAGUGAGUUACCCCCAGACCAAAAACAGAUUUAUCUUGACCAAGCAGAAAGAGAUAAAAAACAAUAUGUGAUUGAAUUAAAGGAGUACCAUAGCUCAGACACAUACAAAAAAUUUGUUGAAGAACGAGAAAAAGCAAUCAAAGCUCUCAAACAAGAAGAAUUAUCAUCUCCAGGAAGUCAUCUGGUCUGCAUUCCAUGUAACAAGUGGUUUGAGAGCACACAUAACUUUAGAGAACAUUCAAAAAGCCGUAAACACCAGCGUAAUGUGCUAGAAACUCAAAGUCAUGAUAGAAAAACAACAAAAAUAACUGUUCCUGGAAAACAGGAGCUUCCUGUGGAGGCAGUUAGGGAGAAGAAGACAGUGGCGCAGGGUGCUCCUCAGCCCAGUACUACACAAGCAAGCAACUUUCCAGAUAUGUCUGGUAUUUCUGAAGCUGAUUUAGAAGUUCCUAUAUUCUCAGAAGCCUUCCUACAUUAUAAUAAAAGUCGAGAGUCUGAGCUGCGGAAGCUACGUAAAGCAACAACGGAAAUAGAGGAACAAAAUGCGAUUUUAAGCAAACAUAUUGACAAUCUUAACUCGGCGAUUGGUAAACUGGAUGAUGAAAAAAUAGAAUCAGAGCAGGACAUUAAGGGACUGAAAACAUAUUUGAAGAACAUUCGAGAACUCUUGGCGCAGAGUUUUUCCAAUUCCGAACUACUUGACACUACAGAUGUUACACUCUCUGAGUUGAGAGAGCUUUUGGUAAAGUUAUGUAAUUCAAGAGACAAUGCGAUAACAAACAAAGUAAAAAAAGCCAUAAAGGACUUAGAUUAUCCAAACUGUUUGAACAAUCUGUCUUGAGACGAACAACGGUGUUUCUGAGAGAUGACGUGGACAAUUCCUGCAUUUUGAUCCAUGUUCUAAAAGAGUGUAAAAGAAGACUGCUUUUCAUGAUUCAUUCAUAUAAUGCUGUAAUAUAAUAAAUGU